AUGGUCGUAAUCCCGGCCAACGGACACGAGAGGCGCCGUGUCCUAGUAGACCGCGUGCACUCCAUCGUGUCAAAUCGCGUUCAGAACGGUGACGAGCAAUAUCUGGUACGCUGGACAGCGGACACGUCGACCUCGAAACCGCCGCUCAGCUGGCACUCAGUUAAGGACUUAGUGCGAUGCCUAGAGCAGAUCCAGGACUACCUCGAAGUGAGGGAGAAGAACCUACCGCUACCUUCAGACACAAAACCUUCGAGGAAAAGAAAGAGUCCUGAUGGGGGUUCAUCGUACGAACGCCGCUCUUCACCAUUCGAUCGACGACUACAAGAGAGUCCCAGUGACAUUUACAACGGCGUUUUGGAUGCUGAUCAAUAUGGCCAUGUCUUCUGUAGACAAGCAGCAGGUCAUGACAUACCCGAACUUGACAUUCGUAGCGUGCCCACGCCGGAGAUGAACCGCAUUGCGCAUCGUUCGGGUGUAGACAAAGCACUUAUGUACAUCCGCAAUGAAUAUGUCCGGAGACUAGCGAAAGUACCAGGCAAACCCAUUCACUUGUUCAAUGUGGUCGACAAAGCCACUCCCUCACUGCGCUUCCGGUACAUCUCCGAAUAUGUCCUAGAUGAGCAACAAGGUGUCUACCGCGCGUCACUAGAAACACAGCAAGGCUGCCAACAGUGUUCACCCCACAUGGGUCGUGGUAUCGGAUGCGAAUACACAAAGAAGUGUGACUGUCUGGAAUACGCUGCAGUGGAUGAGAACCGCCUCGAUGAAGAAAGAAAGCGGGAAUACCAACUUGCGCUCGAAAACGGAGAUUCAACAAUGGGCUUUCCGAAGAAAUUCCCUUACUUCGCCGAAGGCACGAAACGAGAGAAGACCGGCUGUCUCGUACCCUUUUACCUCAACUCCCGUCGUCCAAUCUACGAGUGCAAUGAUAAGUGCAACUGCGGCCCUAAUUGUCGCAACAAGAACGUUCAAUUCGGGCGGCAGGUCGAAGUCGAGAUUUUUAGGGCGAAUGACGGACGUGGCUGGGGUCUCCGCUGCAAACAAGAUCUCCACGAAGGCCAAUUCAUCGACACUUACCGCGGCGAAGUCAUAACAGAUGCCGAAGCCACGCGCCGCGAAACCUCGUCGUCAAAAGCAAAAGCCUCCUAUCUGUACUCGCUCGACAAGUUCGCUGAGUCAGAGGGCCUCAAAGAAGAAGACCUCUACGUUGUGGACGGCGAGUUCAUGGGCGGACCGACAAAAUUCAUCAACCACUCAUGUGAUCCUAAUUGCCGGCAAUACACCGUGUCAUACAACAAGCACGACCCAAGAGUUUAUGACAUCGCGUUCUUCGCACGAAGGUUCAUUCCAAAGGGCGAGGAAUUGACGUUUGAUUACCUUGAUAAGGAAGAGGGGGAGGAGAUGGAUGAGCCGGAAUACAACCUAGGUCUAGGAAGAAGUGCUGCGGGCCGCCUGCCUAACGAGGUAGACCGCGAGGAUACGCCUGAUCCGCCGGUGGUGGAUUACCUUGACCGACUCCGAGAUGACCUGUUGGAACGACUCCGUUGGGACGUUUUCGGCUCGUUGAACGACAUCCAAGUCAAAGAUCCUGGAAAUGCUCUCACGCCCUUCAUAGGCGCCAGCAUCGCCUCAGAGUCCUUGGCAAGUCCCCCGUUCACCAAAAUCUCGGUCUACAUCGACGUCUGCGAGGAGAAACAUAGCAUGGACGAGCAUGAGGAGGAAGACCGAUACGCUGCCCCAGAGCCGCUGAUCAUCGACAAGGAGGAUGGCUCUUCUAUAUCCUUACAUGAUUUUGUCUCGCAAGUCCACUCAUACCUCAAUGUCAAUAAGGAAGAGAUUUUGCAAUGCGAAGACGAACUCUACAUGAACCCGGUGGACUUGGGCGACGGUGUCAAAGCGGUGGAAAUCGUCCCUGAUGAUGAUGACAGGGACUGGGCAGAUGGAUCUGGAGAGGACCCGGAGUUCAGUCAUUUCCUUCGAAGCGGCAACAUCCCAGAAGGAAGUCGAGUCUUUUUCGAUAGGGCUAUGAUCAACCAAAUCGAUCAGGAAGAAUAUAGUAUUCACGUGGUUCUUUUCGUUGAGGGAGAUAAUGGAGAAACCCUAGAUUUGUUUUGGGAAAGGAAAAACAGGCCGUAG